AUGGCUGCAAAGGCUCUUUAUAACUUACCUGUUGAUUGCUGGGAGCUUAUAAUCUCAUUCCUCAUCUUCGAUGACAACAACACUCAAGAUAACCUUAUUCACUAUGUCAAGUCUCUCUCCCUCGUCUCUAAAACAUUCCUUUCCAUCAUCAGUCGUCUCAUAUUAACUAUCACUAUUUUUGAUCCAACACCCUCUGUUCUUCGUCGUCUCUUCCAUAGAUUCUCCAAUCUCAAUUCAGUUAACAUCUCCUUUCACCAUCUCGAUGCAGCCAUUGCUUUAGCUCUCCGAGACACACCAACAUUGAAGUCUUUAUCCAUUUCCAACUUUGAUCCAGAUGAAGAAAACUGCAUUUUUUCACAUUUUAUUGAUUCGUUACUGAGUUUGAAGUGUUUGACUUGUCUUGAUUUGUUGGGGUUGCAAGUCUCUGAUGAUUUUCUCUAUUCUAUUGCGACGGAAGGUUUUCCUUUAAAGAAGUUUGUGCUCCGAAGUUGCACCGGCUAUAGUUAUGAUGGAAUAUACUUUUUUUUAUCCAAGUGUAGUGGGAUACAACAUUUGGGUUUUCAUCGAAUUGAUUUCUUAAAUGACCAUUAUAUUGCCCAAUUAUCUUUGUUUCUUGGUGAUUUGGUGUCUAUAAAACUUUGUGACUGUUGGAACCUCACAAAAUUAGCCUUGUUUGCACUCAUUAGACACAUUAGACACUGUCAUUCACUUAGUGAGAUCACAAUGGAAGGCAUUGGAAUAGAGAGUGUAGAGAGUUUUUAUUCUAUCAAGGAUUUUGAUGUCAACCCUCAAUUAAAGUCUCUAUGUUUGACUUACAAUUCAUCUGUAAAGGAUGAAAACAUCUUAAUGUUUGCUUCCAUUUUUCCUAAUUUGCAGCAUCUUGAUUUGAGUUCUUGCAAUAGCAUUUCUGAAAAAAGUAUUUGUCAAGUUUUAAGUAGAUGUUGUAAGAUUAAAUAUUUGAACUUGAGCGACUGCCGUGAAGUGUGGCUACUUAAAAUAAACUCUGUAAUUCCUGAGUUGGAGGUGUUGAACUUGUCAAAUACAAGUAUUGAUGAUAAAACACUUUUUGAGAUCUCAACAACUUGUUGUGGGCUUUUGCAUAUAUCACUUAGAUGUUGUAAACAUGUCACAGAAAAGGGAGUGACCAAUGUCAUUGAAAACUUCACACAAUUGAAGGAGAUCGAUUUGAGAUUUUGUCAUAAAGUGGAUGCUGAAGUUAUCUUGAAGUUAGUGGACAGAGAUAACUACUCCACCAUAUUUUUGUUUUAG